CCGCUUCCUAACGGGGCGUCUGCCAUCCUUGAAUUUUUCACUUCACCCCCUCCCCCUCUCCUGACUCUUUCUGGUUUGUCCCUCCCUGUUUGUCCUACGUGCCAAAACUGCUCGGCAGCGGGUCUUGUUGAAACUCUGUCCUAUUUUCUAACCCUCCCGAGGAUAGGAUACCGGUAUCAUAUCAUACCGUGGCCUUACUUAAGGGUCGUCAUCAACUCAUCUUGAGUCACUUACCGUAGCCUCAAAAGAUUAGCAGAGAGCGCCCACGGACACACCUCAUAUUUUCUCUUCUCCCCUAUCCCUCGACAAAGCGGCCACGGUGCUGCACAAAUUUCGACGGGACUCAAAGGACCCGAGACAUCAAACCUUUAUCUACCUAUCGCUGCCCUCUUUUAUCCUGCUCGAGUACAGAAAUGACUUCUGUCACUACUAUGAGCCAACAAAAUCCUUGGUUGGAUAGCCAUAUAUCCCAACAACCCCGCCUUGGCCCAGACCACGUCCGCCGUCGAAGGCUAAGUUCCGGUCAUCGUCCUCCGGGAUCUUUCAAACAACCGUGGCCAGAGCACACGAUGGCUUCACCUAAUACUCACGAAGAUGGCAGGGAUCGACCCUCUCCUCGCCGUAAUCCUCACGCUCGUUCUUGCUCUUAUAAUACUGGUAUUCCCAGAAUGGACAGGGUCAAACUUCAGGGCCCUCCUCCUCCUCCUCCCUACUCGUCACACAAGUCUCGACGCCGGGCGAGUUCCAUUCCUGGUCCGGAUACUAUCGAUCGAUUAGACAAUGGAGUUUUUGGCCUCUAUUAUCAUCAUGAAGGACCUUACGACUCUACACUACUAGCUAGACAGAACGGACCUAGACCACCUGUCGAGGCCCUACGUGAGAGCAAUGCUGCUGCAUUGGCUGCUACUCCCAUGGCCAACAUAAUCGAUUCCUUGGAAAAACACAAACCUUUGCAAGGAACGGCUAUGAUGGCACCGGGAACAGAACUGCCCAAUGGCGAAUUUAUUGGUGACUACGAAGAGUACGACAUGAUGCGUCAAGGGCAUGGGGGUAACUACAGACGAUACCCUGGCUUUAAUUACCUCAAGGAAGACCUCAAGGGUAAGGGUGAGCCGGGAUAUACCCAAGACAUCUUAGACAAGAAGCGGAAGGCCAAGGGCAAAAUGCCUCAGUCGGAACCUCAAGGCGUAUACCAUCAGAUGGUGCCUCAAUCGACUUCCGGCAAGCCUGUUGGAGUUACCCGCGAGAGAUCUAGCAGCGCCUUGCCUCUAACCACUUCCGACAAUCCUGCCUCCCAGACAGAUAGUGGGAACUUUGGGGGGAGCAAAAGCGGUGCUGGCCGGGGUGGCACCUCGAAGGGAUCGCUGAGCUCAAGGUUAAAGAAGAAGUUCAGUUGGGUCCCAAAGAAGGGUUAGCCUUUUCUGGGGGUUUCGGUGUAUCACUCGUUCGCCUCACAGCCUAGGAUGCCAUAUCUCGGGUGGGUUGCAAGUGGUAAUGGCCAAACUGCGCGCCUUCUCGUUCCGGGGGGCUGGGGUUGUGUCUGAGCUGAGUAUUUCUUUUUCACGAGGACAACGGGUUUUUACAUGGACUGCAUGUACCCGUUUUUUCCUUACUUUCUUGGGUAGUGGGGUUUUGGAUAUUAUGAUGUCUUUCCACGAAGCCGGCGAUACGUUGUUGUUCCCUCUCGACCCUGUCGCGUCGUUUUUGUUUCCUUCCCUGAGUGUAUCAUUUUGCAUUUAUCUUGCUCGGGUUGCGGGAUUUUGGCUUUUUUCUUCCUUUAUUUUUUGCUCUCUUUUGUGAUGUGUGACUGUAACGGUAUCACUUGGUUGUACAAUAGAUAGGUUUGUAUUAGGGGUCGAUUUUGAAUCGGGGGCUUGUAUACUCUUGGUUUGAAUAAUGUACUAGUAUCACACAUGCAGGUUUGAUAUAAAUUUGGUUUUAAUGGG